AUUAUAUCCAUCCACCCCCUCCCUCCUUCUCUUCCUCUUUCUUUCUGUUCCUCCCUCCUUCCCUUUCUGCUGCUGCUCCCCUCCUUUCCCUUCCCUUCCUGCUUCAUCUCUUCAAAGAAGUGAGCAGAAAGUUAACAAGCAGAAAGAAAGAAAGAAAGAAAGAAAGAAAGAAAGAAAGAAAGAAAGAAAGAAAGAAAGAAAGAAAGAAAGAGAGGGAGGGAAGGAAGGAAGGAAGGAAGGAAGGAAGGAAGGAAGGAAGGAAGGAAGGAAGGAAGGAAAGAAGGAAGCAAAUGAAUGAGUAAAGGAAGGGAAGAAGAAGAAGAGGGAGAGCUCUCGGAAUAGAGGCACCCUGCCACUUGUGCCCAGUGGAGCUCUAGAUUUGACUGCUGCCGCCUCUCUCCCUUUGCUCCUAAGGACUGCCUUUCAUGGAACCAAUUGCCCGCUUCCUUUUCUAAGCCUGUCUCCCGGAAAGGCAGCUUCAGCAUAUUAUGGGCAACUGUGUGAAGUCUCCACUGAGAAACCUCUCAAAAAAGAUCCACCAUGAGGACAAGAAAUGCUAUACAGCUGUCCAGACGAGCGAGGAGGGGUCAACAGCCGGGGAGCACCAAGGCCCGCUCAUGGUGCUGGCCCAGAACUGCGCUGUGAUGCACAACCUCCUGGGGCCGGCGUGCAUCUUCCUCAGGAAGGGAUUCGCAGAGAACAGGCAGCCAGACAGAGAGCUACGGCCAGAAGAAAUAGAUGAACUGAGAGAAGCCUUCAAGGAGUUUGAUAAGGACAGGGAUGGCUACAUCAACUGCCGAGACCUGGGCAACUGCAUGCGCACCAUGGGCUACAUGCCAACGGAAAUGGAACUCAUCGAGCUCUCCCAGCAGAUCAACAUGAACCAGGGUGGCCACGUAGAUUUCGAUGACUUUGUGGAACUGAUGGGACCAAAGCUUCUGGCAGAGACGGCAGACAUGAUUGGGGUCAAGGAGCUACGCGAUGCCUUCAGGGAGUUCGACACAAACGGUGAUGGAGAGAUCAGCACCAAUGAACUACGAGAAGCAAUGAAGAAGCUGCUCGGGCAGCAAGUGGGUCACCGGGACAUAGAAGACAUAAUAAGGGACGUCGACCUGAAUGGAGACGGACGAGUGGAUUUUGAAGAGUUUGUCAGGAUGAUGUCCCGCUGAGUAUGGUUCUUGGGCUGAAAACGAAUCAGCAGCUGAGGGAAGACGAGGACCUGAACGGAGCACCCAGCCCCAAUGUUCCUAUGCAAAGGUUGACGCACUGGCUGCGCUCGAGACAGUGCAAGAUGCCAACCUGCCUCUCUGAUCCAAAGUGGCCCUGAUGCUCCUUCACCCUUCCACACUGUGAAAAAAGACGAUCUCCAGUAACUGGAAAUGUUCCUGGGUGAUGCUGGGCUCCAGGACCAGCCACGUUUGCAAGCGAAGGUGACGACUCUUUCCCUGCUUUGACUCUUCCGGCAAGCACUGCAAAGGUGAAAGAGAAGGAAGGGGUUCUCUCAAACUGGUGGCUUAUGGCAAAAAGCCACCUGGGAUUGGUGCCUGCCACAGAUUGCACUCUUUUCCUUGGUGAACUGAUUGUGUAUUGGCCUCAUGCCUCCUUGUGUUGUUAAUCAUCUGUGUUGAGUUAUUUAUAGCCUCCCCGGAAUGUUCUUGUGUCUCCCUGCGGUUAUGUUAAUGAGAGCAAAUAUACCUUUGAAAUGCAAAACAUAAAUAACAAGAGCAAGA